CUUGAUUAUUUGGCCUUCCUUUGGCAGUAUUGAUUUGGAUUUCUUUUUGUAGUGAUAAGUCUCUCAAAUUCGUUAUGGCUUCAAAGAGGAUUCAGAAGGAAUUGAAGGACUUGCAGAAAGACCCCCCUGCUUCUUGCAGUGCAGGUCCUGUUGGUGAGGAUAUGUUCCAUUGGCAAGCUACCAUAAUGGGUCCAUCUGACAGUCCGUUUUCUGGGGGUGUUUUCCUUGUGUCUAUCCAUUUCCCCCCAGAUUAUCCAUUCAAACCCCCAAAGGUCUCUUUCAAAACCAAGGUUUUCCACCCAAACAUCAACAGUAAUGGUAGUAUUUGUCUUGAUAUCCUAAAGGAACAAUGGAGCCCUGCUCUUACUGUAUCCAAGGUGCUGCUUUCCAUUUGCUCUUUGCUUACUGAUCCCAAUCCAGAUGAUCCUUUAGUGCCAGAGAUUGCUCACAUGUACAAGACGGAUAGAGCGAAGUAUGAGAGUACUGCCAGAUCAUGGACCCAGAAAUACGCAAUGGGUUGAACACAUUUGGUUCUACUCUCAUGAAUAUCAUCGGACCUUUAUGCUAUAGUAGUAAAUAAACAUAGGCAUGGUGCACAAUUUUUA